UCACCAGCUCCCGCCCUAUCCUUGGAAGAAAACUCAAACAAAAAAAAAAACACCUCAUCAACAGCUUCAUAGAACCUCCAUCGUUUUCCCCCAAUUGGAUGAAUUCAACGACAAUCUACAACUCCACAGCCGCAGCCGCCUCACCAACUCACCCAUCAUCACUCUUCCCACAAAUUACAAGAUGCAAAACCAUGAGAGACGUCCAUCAAGUCCACGCCCUCUUCCUCAAAACAGGCCGAAUCCACGACCCUUUAGCCGCCGCCGAAAUCCUCAAAAUCUGCUCCCUUUCCUCCCACCGCGACAUCGAUUACGCCCGCAAGGUUUUCCGCCAAAUGCGGGAACCUAACUGUUUUUCUUGGAACACAAUCAUCAGAGCUCUAGCAGAAUCUGAUGAAAACAAUGAAACAAAAGAGCCGUUAGAAGCAUUGUUUGUAUUUGCUGAAAUGGUCUCUGACGGGACCGUUUUGCCUAAUAGAUUUACUUUGCCUUCAGUUUUAAAGGCCUGUGCUAGAACUGGGACGCUUCUGGAAGGGGAACAGGUUCAUGGUUUAGCGGUGAAAUUUGGCUUUGAAAAAGACGAGUUUGUUGCUAGCAAUCUUGUUAGAAUGUAUGUCAUGUGUGGGGCCAUGGAAAAAGCUCAUUUUUUGCUCAACAAAAUGAUGGUUGAAUUUGAAAAUGGUGGCAACCUAGUAAAGGAUAAGAGGAGAGUAGAGGGUAAUAUUGUUUUAUGGAAUGUGAUUAUUGAUGGGCAUGUAAGAGUUGGGGAUUUAAGGGCUGCUAGGGAAUUGUUCGAUAAAAUGACUCAAAGAAGUGUGAUUUCAUGGAAUGUGAUGAUUUCUGGGUAUGCGCAAAAUGGGUAUUUUAAGGAAGCAAUUGAGAUGUUUCGUUUGAUGCAAAUGGGGGAAGUGAGGCCUAAUUAUGUGACUUUGGUGAGUGUUCUUCCUGCAAUUUCAAGACUGGGGGCACUCGAGUUGGGGAAAUGGGUGCAUUUGUACUCUAAGAAGAAGGAGAUUGAGAUUGAUGAUGUGCUUGGCUCUGCUUUGAUUGAUAUGUAUUCUAAGUGCGGGAGUAUUGAGAAGGCAGUUCAGGUCUUUGAGGGGAUAAGUAAACGGAAUACAGUUACUUGGAGCGCGAUAAUCGGGGGUUUUGCAAUGCAUGGUAGAGCAGAGGAUGCUCUUGACUAUUUUUCAAGGAUGGAACGUGAAGGGGUAACUCCUAGUGAUGUUGUUUAUAUCGGUGUCUUGAGUGCUUGCAGCCAUGCAGGGUUAGUGGAAGAGGGCCGUUUAUUUUUCAAUCAUAUGGUCAAUGUGGUUGGCUUUGAACCUAGGCUUGAACAUUAUGGGUGUAUGAUUGAUCUAUUAGGUCGAGCUGGGCAAUUGAAAGAAGCUGAAGAGUUUAUAUUAAACAUGCCAAUAACACCAGAUGAUGUGAUUUGGAAGGCUUUAUUAGGUGCCUGUAAGAUGCAUGGUAAUAUUGAGAUGGGUGACCGUGUGGCUAGGAUUUUGAUGAAUAUGGCUCCUCGUGAUAGCGGAGCUUAUGUGGCACUGUCAAAUAUAUAUGCUUCUUCCAGAGAUUGGGAGUCAGUUGCAAGGGUGAGGUUAAAAAUGAAGGAGAUGGAUGUAAAGAAAGACCCUGGAUGCAGUUGGAUUGAGCUUGAUGGAAUUGUUCAUGAGUUUCUUGUGGAAGAUGACUCCCACCCCAGAGCCAAAGAGAUUCAUUCAAUGCUGCAGGAAAUUGCCGAACAAAUGAGGUCAGUAGGAUAUAAGCCAGAUACCACACAAGUUUUGCUUAACAUUGAUGAGGAGGAAAAAGAAAGCACAUUAUACUAUCAUAGUGAAAGGAUUGCAAUUGCAUUUGGCUUAAUCAGCACAAGCCCUGGAACCCCACUUCGGAUAGUCAAGAACCUCCGUGUAUGUGAAGAUUGUCACUAUUCAAUAAAACUAAUCUCAAAGAUUUAUAAACGUCAAAUAAUUGUUAGGGAUCGGAAGCGCUUUCACCAUUUUGAGAAUGGUUUAUGUUCUUGCAUGGACUACUGGUAACACCCCCCUCCCUUCCGAAUUUACUUACCUUGUUAACUAUACAAAUAACUUCUUUACUGUUAUUUUCUUUUUUUGGAAUUAAUUAAAUAGUUGCCUUUGUAUCUAUGAUUGAAUCAAAAAUUUUGAAGAAAUAUGAAUAACUUAGUAAAAAUCUAGUAAAGCCCUC